CCUUGCCGGAGGCUGUGAGCCCUGAGCACACUCGCUCGCCUGCUCGGCGCACGGAGGAACCUGUCCUCGAGCCGCGCCAGCCGAGCCAGCCGGGCGCCGUGCUCGGUCCGCUCGCCGCGCCGGAGAGAGCUGCCCGAGACAGAGCCAGCCCGCCGGCGCCGAGCUGCCGAGCGCACGGCCCAGGAGCCCCUGAGUGCGGCGCGGCGAGCCCCCGGCGGCGGCAGAAGGACCCGAGCGCCAGGAGAGGGCGGACGGGGGACAAGGAGGCUCCCGACCGCGACGAGGAGAGUCUCGGAGGAGAAGGCGGCGUGAGGGACACCGGGGCCUCCAGCGGCCGCAGCCGAGUCGGGGCGAGCAGCCCACACGGGGAGCCCCAGCGGCCGGCCGCGGCCAGGGGAGGGGGCGCCGGCGGUUCCCGCACUAGAGAGCAGAGGGCGAGAGCGCGCGACCCGCCAGCGGCCCGCCGCGGCCGCCGCGCCGCCCUCCCCCGCGCUGUCAGCCCCGCGGGGCGCAGCCGCCGCCGCAGCAUCUUCUGCCCCUGCGCCCCCGCCAGCUCCGAGGAAGUCCCCGCUGAGGACUGGGGCCCCCGGGAGCGCAAGAGGAAAGACCAGAGACUACCCUAAAUCACCCAGAUGCGAAGGAUUGAAGCAGCCUAGCCAAAGCUUUCUGUGGAUUAAAAAAAUACGAUUUUUUUUUUGUUGUUGUUGGCAGAAGAAAAGGAGAGGAAGACCAGCGGGGCUCUGCAAGGAAAAAAGGGGGAUGUAACUCGUGGAUACGUUUUUUCCACCCCUCAAACGUCUAGUUCUACUUUGUAAACAUUUUCUUUUUUUAAACCCCAGGUCCAGCCGGACGCCCCCAGGCCUCCGGGGUGCGAGGAGGUGGUGUUUUUCAUUUUGGGCUUUGCAUGUUUGGUUCUUAGAUUUUGAGAGAGCUUCCUUAUUUCGCCAGACAUCUCAUGCGGGGUGAAGUCCACUCAGCCCCCUCCCCCGAGUCUUCGUGUGUACGGAAUUCAAGGCGAUCCGGUUACUAAGGAUAUAGAGGAAAAAAAUAAAUCGCGUGCCUGCUUUUUUUUUUUUAAUUGCCAGUUUCUCCCCACCCCCAAAUUAAGUUGCUUAGCAAGGGGGAAAGAGGCUUUUUCCUCCCUCCAGCAGCCCAGCCGAACGCCUUUCGUUUUUUGCCCUCGCGGAUCUUCCAUGUAGGCAGCCGAGGCUGGCGAGCCCGACACUCGGGAGCCGCUGCGGGGGGGCCUCUUUUUGGGGAGGCGCCGACCGGGGUAGGCUUCGCCGCCCCCAGGGAAGCGGCGGCCGCGUUCCUCCGGGGUGCGCCGGGGCCCGAGAGCGGCGCACGGCGCGGGCCGCGAGGGGUGGGGCAGCCGGAGCGCAGGCCCCCGAGCCCCGGCGGGCGCCCCCGGGCCCCCGCGCGCGCCCCGGCCUCCGGGAGACUGGCGCAUGCCACGGAGCGCCCCUCGGGCCGCCGCCGCUCCUGCCAGGGCCCCUGCUGCUGCUGCUGUCGCCUGCGCCUGCUGCCCCAACUCGGCACCCGACUUCUUCAUGGUGUGCGGAGGUCAUGUUCGCUCCUUAGCCGGCAAACGACUUUUCUCCUCGCCUCCUCGCCCCGCAUGUUCAGGACCAAACGAUCUGCGCUCGUCCGGCGUCUCUGGAGGAGCCGUGCGCCCGGCGGCGAGGACGAGGAGGAGGGCGCGGGGGGAGGCGGAGGAGGAGGCGACCUGCGGGGAGAAGGGGCGACGGACGGCCGGGCGCAUGGGGCCGGUGGCGGCGGCGCAGGCCGGGCUGGCUGCUGCCUGGGCAAGGCGGUGCGAGGUGCCAAAGGUCACCACCAUCCUCACCCCCCAGCCGCGGGCUCCGGCGCGGCCGGGGGCGCCGAGGCGGAUCUGAAGGCGCUCACGCACUCGGUGCUGAAGAAACUGAAGGAACGGCAGCUGGAGCUGCUGCUCCAGGCUGUGGAGUCCCGCGGCGGUACGCGCACCGCGUGCCUCUUGCUGCCUGGCCGCCUGGACUGCAGGCUGGGCCUGGGGGCGCCCUCCGGCUCGCAGCCCGCGCAGCCGCCCUCGUCCUAUUCGCUCCCCCUCCUGCUGUGCAAAGUGUUCAGGUGGCCGGAUCUCAGGCAUUCCUCGGAAGUCAAGAGGCUGUGUUGCUGUGAAUCUUACGGGAAGAUCAACCCCGAGCUGGUGUGCUGCAACCCCCAUCACCUUAGCCGACUCUGCGAACUAGAGUCUCCCCCUCCUCCUUACUCCAGAUACCCGAUGGAUUUUCUCAAACCAACUGCAGACUGUCCAGAUGCUGUGCCUUCCUCCGCUGAAACAGGGGGAACGAAUUAUCUGGCCCCUGGGGGGCUUUCAGAUUCCCAACUUCUUCUGGAGCCUGGGGAUCGGUCACACUGGUGCGUGGUGGCAUACUGGGAGGAGAAGACGAGAGUGGGGAGGCUCUACUGUGUCCAGGAGCCCUCCCUGGAUAUCUUUUAUGAUCUACCUCAGGGGAAUGGCUUUUGCCUCGGACAGCUCAAUUCGGACAACAAGAGUCAGCUGGUGCAGAAAGUGCGGAGCAAGAUCGGCUGUGGCAUCCAGCUCACGCGGGAAGUGGAUGGCGUGUGGGUGUAUAACCGCAGCAGUUAUCCCAUCUUCAUCAAGUCAGCCACACUGGACAACCCGGACUCCAGGACGCUGUUGGUACACAAAGUGUUCCCCGGUUUCUCCAUCAAGGCUUUUGACUACGAGAAAGCGUACAGCCUGCAGCGGCCCAACGACCACGAGUUCAUGCAGCAGCCGUGGACUGGCUUCACCGUGCAGAUCAGCUUCGUGAAGGGCUGGGGCCAGUGCUACACCCGCCAGUUCAUCAGCAGCUGCCCGUGCUGGCUGGAGGUCAUCUUCAACAGCCGGUAGCCACGUGGGGAGAGGACAGCGGGAGCCUAGCGGGCCCGGUCCAAACUACUUUGCUGCUAAUAGUUUCCUCCUGAGUGCUUGCUUUUCAUGCAAACUCUUUGGUCGUUUUUUUUUUUUUUUCUUUCUUUUUUCUCCCCUCCUUCCCCUCGUUCUUGUUUAUGUUCUGUUUUGUUCUUUGAGAAAUAGCUUAUGAAAAGAAUUGUCGGGGUUUUGGCAGGGGCGGGUGGUAUGGUUGGCAGAACACCGAGGCGUGAAAAGGGGAAGCAAAAAUCAGUACCACCGAACACACUGUAAAUGGGGGGGCAGGCCUCGACUUCGGGGUCCUCGUUGCCCUCGUCAGGGUGUACGAGAGAGAGAGAGAGUGUGUGUGUGUGUACGCAGAUGGGGGAAGCGGUGUGCUCUGUUGUGUUUCCUACGGAUGUUGACCGCUGAGAGGUUUGCACUCCCAAGCUGUGUCCCUCGUGCUCCUUGGACUUGCACAGUGGGGCAGCGGGUGUCCCAGCAGUGGCCAGCAGCAAGGCUCUGUCCCCCAGCCUGGGGAAGCCCCCAUCCCACCUCUCCCCUUCUAGGACAUUGGCCUGUCCGCAGGCUUCUUAGAAGCCACCCUGCCAGUUUUUCCAUGCUGUCUCACUCCCUUCCGGCCACCCUGCUGCCGUUGUCGUGUCUUUCCUUUUUGGCCAUCUGCUCCUGGAUACCUCUGAGAUGGGCUUCCCGAGGGCUGCCGGGGCAGCCCCGUCACAGUAUUGCUCACCCAGUGCCCUCUCAGGCCCCUCCGCCUCUCCCCUGCCCUGGUUACAUCAGGUUUUUCCUGGACUCAGAAAACCAGCUCAGCACUUUCCUCCCCUCUGCAGCCUGUGUGUUGAGCUCUGCUGUUAGACCAGCGAGGGGAGCCGCCCCACUCCCCACCAAGAAGGAUUCGGUCCAUCUUAACCCAAGGUACCAUCCUGAGCUGACACCUAACUCUUCCGUUUCUUCUACAACUCAUACACUCGUAUGAUACGUUGACACUGCUCUUAGCUCAAUGAGCAUGUUUAGACUUUAACAUAAGCUAUUUUUCUAACUACAAAGGUUUAAAUGAACAAGAGAAGCAUUCUCAUUGGAAAUUUAGCAUUGUAGUGCUUUGAGAGAAAAAGGACUCCUGAAAAAAAAACCCUGAGAUUUAUUAAAGAAAAAAUGUAUUUUAUGUUAUAUAUAAAUAUAUUAUUACUUGUAAAUAUAAAGACGUUUUAUAAGCAUCAUUAUUUAUGUAUUGUGCAAUGUGUAUAAACAAAAAUAAAGAAAAGAUGCACUUUGCUUUAAUAUAAAUGCAAAUAACAAAUGCCAAAUUAAAAAAAAGAUAAACACAAGAUUGGUGUUUUUUUCUAUGGGUGUUAUCACCUAGCUGAAUGUUUUUCUAAAGGAGUUUAUGUUCCAUUAAACAAUUUUUAAAAUGUAUACUUGA